GAUCUGAUAGCUAUGUAAUGGUGCUACUUGACAUUGACGUAAAAAAAAAUUAUGGAAUUUUACGUGCCAAAACCACGAUCGAUCUGAUUAUGAGCCACACCGUAGCAGGGGACUCCGGAAUAAUUUGGACUACUUGGGGUUCUUUAACGUGCACCUAAAUCUAAGUACACCGGAAUAUUCGCAGUUUGCUUGACACUGAUGAUGCGCACUAUACGCGCCAGAGUCCCUUCUGCACACACCAAUCACGCAGUUAUGCGAGCUGAUUUUCAAAUGAGUUUCUGCACUUGAACACAACGCGUCCUGUUGCAAAAAAUGUCCGUCGUAGGAUGGAGGUAGAUAAUCGCCACGUUGCUCCACGAGAUCGUCCGCAAGACGAAUUAAUCUAGCGAAUCACGGACGGAACCUUGUGCUGGCCCCUACUGCAUGUUUCAGCAGGAAGCGGCGCGGGAGAGCUCGUGAGUGGCGAUACACUAACCAUUGCACUAAAAAACAGGUGAUUGCCCGCACGGUGAAACCGGAGAAUUUGCGUACGGAGGCCUGCGCAGAAACUCUCAAGAACGAUUGGGAACACCGGCUAAUCGGGAUAGCGUCAGCUAAUCCAAAACCACGAACGAGAAGUCUUCGAAUUCGAAAGCACGACGUAAAAAAAAACGAACAAGCGAGUAAAAAAAAAAGCAGCAACAAAAAAAGUGAAAAAAAAAAGACGCAAUGUCAAGUUUUUAAAAAGUUGCGCCAGAUGGCGCCACCAGUACACGCCGCGGCGAGACGCCAGAAAGUGCUUUCUUGCCUACUUUUCAGCCAGGUAAGGGAGAGCUAUCGCGGUAGGCCUAAAACGCUGCGAUCCCGAAAUAAUCGUUCCUCGUGGGAUGCUUCGCAAUGACCGCCGACGAGAUCGCGUGCACCGUCUUCAACGCACGCCGGGAGGCGACAAGGUGACGGGCCGCUGGUACCGCGAGCGGCGAUGAAGCAGCGCCGGCAGCGAUCAUCGACAAGCCGCCGUCGCGACGUUCGACAGCAAACCGUCGGGGCCGCCAUGGGUUGGUUGCCUGUCGCGGAUCGGCCGCUUCUGUGUGUGGUGCCGUGCUAGCGUGUGCUUCGGCAGUGCUCGGGCGCCUGUGAACCGCCGCGAAAUCGCGCGCCCCUCGCCUUCCUCCGCACGAGCCUGUGUGUGCGAACGGCUCGUGCGUUGAACGUGUGAUGAAAACUCGAGUCAACGCGCCUGUUCGCGCCAUUUGCGGCUGGGGGAAAUAGCCAGUGUUUCUUGCGUUUGUUUUUGUUUGUUUGUUUCACUGCUGCAUCCCACCACAACCACCAACCACCGCUUCUGUUGCUGUUCCGUGAGUCUCUCCUCCUCUGCUGGACUCACAAUCGCUGAUCUCCCGAAAGCGCUGCCCAAAAUCACAUGGCAACAACAUGACUGAUCAAGCAUGGAUGUCCCGAUCAGUGAUUCAGAGGAACUGUGCACCGCGCUUAGGUGACUUUCGGAGAAGAUGCCAAGGAAGUUCAAAACACAAGAUGGGAAUCCGUCUGAAGCCAUCCGGGGCCUCUGGGAGGGAGCAUACAUGUCGCAGUUCGUGCGUCUCUUUCAGCGCAAAUUUGGAUUUCAGAGCCUAACAACUCAGGAAUUGGAAGACGCACUUCUCAAUCCCGAGAGCCUGGUUGUUCCUGACAUUUGCGCUCGGCUGCUCAGGUUUAUUACCCGGCAGUCAUCUGUUUUGAUCUCUAAUUUUGAAGACACUCUUACUGAACUCCUGCAAGAGAAGGAGGUUCUGUUCACAAAGGGACCCUGGAGAGACCUCUCUCCAGGAGACAAGCUCCUGACUGUCAAGUGGCUACUGGACUAUGCGUACGAGUCUCGGGAAGAAGAGCUAUCAGAAUUCUUGGACGACCACUACGACGCUGAGGAUUUGCGUGGCAUUCGUGUAGGCCAAGAUGCUCUUGACAAUGUCUACUGGUACUUGGAAGACCUUCGCCUGUAUCGGGAGCUGUGCCCCAAGAAGCCCCAACGCAGCCGGGAGUGGGACUGUGUCUGCCUGACAGUGUCGGACUGGCAGGGCUUCCUCAAGCAGUUCCGCAAGUCCUCCAACCCGCGGGAGAAACAGUUGCACACCUUCCUCUCAUCGCACCUCUUCCCCAUUGUCCAGGCCCAGGCACAGGCAUUAAAACGUGAAGAGCGUGACCUUGAAACGGAGAACCGUUGGCUUCUGGAGCGGGAGCAACACGAGGUUCUCCUUCCUCGGCCGGGCUCCGACAUGAAGUGCAACGGGGCCCCCUCGGUAGACAAGGCGGCAACCGAGCCUCAGCCCGCAGCAGCAGCCGACGAGUGCGGGCCCAAAGCAGCACCGGCCAAGGAAGCAGCACCAGCCUGUCCGGCGGAAGCCGCCGGAGCUGGAAGCGUGGGUCGUGCUCCAGGCACACCAGUUUCUGCCGCAGACGUUGCCGCGUCUGGCGGAGUACUUGUCAACGGAGGCGGAAGCCUUCCGCCUGUUACCGGCCCACCCUUGUCCGACAGUGGACCACCAAUGUCCAUGCUAGGUGACAACCCAGGUGAUGGCAUGGUUGCAGGCACUAAGGAUAAUCCAGGAUCCAUGGCCACGCCAACCUCCUCAGAUGCCGCAGCAGCAGCUGGCGGUCCCAUGCUGCCCACAAUGCCGACGCAGCAGCAGCCCAUGGGGGGGCCACAGCAGCAGCAGUUACCCCCGCACCCACACCAUCAUGCGGGCGGCACCCUCACCAUGGGGGGCGGUGUUGGCGCACCCCAGCUCCCCCACGGCGGCAUGCCCCCGCACAUGGUGCAUCAUCAGCAGCACCCGCAGCCUCACCCCGGAGUUCCCGGCGGCCACGGUGGACCGUGCAAUCCACAUUCGGGGGCGGCACACAUGGCGGGGGGAAACAUGGCCGUCGGAGGUGGACCGAGCCCCAUGGGGGGACCUGGCAUGGGUGGACCGCAGGUCUUACCCCCUGGCGGCAACAUGGGCACUCCAGGGCUGCACAGGCCGCCAUCGAGGCCGACGAUGCCACCCGGCGGGGCAGGAUGCCCCAUGCCUCCACAGGGCAGCUCUGGUGGUGGCGGUCUGGAAGCACAGUACAUGCAGCAGCAGAGCCAGAUUUUUGUCUUCACGACAGGCCUGGCAAAUCAGGCGGCCGAGGCAGUGCUGACGGGACAGUGCCCCAGCAUCAUUGCGUUCCACUGUGCACAGCCAGGAACCAAGCGCUUUCUAGAGAAGCACCCACUCAAGGUCCAGCAGUUCAACAAACAAAACCCAGCCGCCUGGCUCAACAGCCUUGCCCAAAUGAAGCAGCGAGGCUCCCAAGGCAUGCCAAGUGGCCCCAUGGGACCAUCCCCAGGGGGUGGGCCUCUCAAGGUCCCGCAGGCGUUCAGCCCUGGCUUCUGUGGCCCUCCCCACGCCUGUGGACCUCCCCAUCCCGGAGGUGGAGGUGCCGGUGCCUGGCAACCUCAGGAAUCGUGGGGUGCUGGCCCCUAUGGCCCAGCGGGCAUGGCGCCGCAGAGGGGCCCUUCCCCUGCCAGCAGCCGAGGGCCCGCGCCCCCUCAGCAGGGCCACCAUCCCCAGCACCAGGGCUGUGGACCACCCAACGGCGGCUGCUUCCCAGCAGGUGCCGGGCCCUACCCUGGCAUUGGAGGAUCCGGGUGUGGCAGCAAUCCUGCCCAGAUGGGAGCGGGGGUCAAGGUGCCCGACGAAAACCUGACACCUCAGCAGAGGCAGCACCGUGAAGAACAGCUAGCCAUGAUCCGCAAGAUGCACCAGCUGCUCUUUCCAGACCAGCACGGCACGGGAAAUGCCGCGGGACCCCCCGGUGGCCAGCAGCAGCAACAGUCCGGGCUGCCCCAACAGCCACAGGGGGGCGCUGCGCCUCGCCCGAGGGGUCCUGAGCAGUUCGGACACUGUGGGGACCACCAGCACGAAGGGGCAAACAUGCCUCCACAAAUGCAGCAGCCGCAACAGCAGCCGCAACAGCAGCCACAGCAGCCACAGCAGCAGCAGCAGCACUUUGGUGCAGCUCCCACGCAGGAGCCUUGUACCCAACAAAAAAGAAAAAGAAAAAAAAGAGAAAAUGUUUCAUCUCAACCAGACGGGCAGAGCCUUGGACAGCUACAAAGAAACGUCUACCAGAAGCCAGCAUCGGUGAAGCGUGAAGAGUGGAUCAGGUCUUCAGCCUCUGGAAACCAGACAUGCUGUUGUGCAGGGCCCCAGGGAGCCAUGAUGGGCCACCCGCCAGCCGACUGGCAAACCCAGCAGCAGCAGCAAGGAGGCAUGCCGGCCCAAAAGCCGUACCUCGAGGACCGGCGCCGCAAGGGGGCCACUGCUGCCACUCAACCACAGGGGCUCUUCCCGGCAUGCGGCAACGAGUUCUCAGCCUCUGGCUCACCCAGUGGCUACAUUGCACGGCCGGGAUCUUGCCCCAACCCAAACUUCAACAACGGCACCGUAGGCCCUGGCGGUGCGGCCGGUGCUACGGGCAACAGGCCCAAUUCGUGCGCCGGCUUCAACUCACCUGGUUCCUUCUCCAACCCACCAACACCUUCGGGGUUCCCCGGCGCGCCGGGAGCCAGUCCAGCUGGCGCAUCGUCCAACUUCUCCGCAGCACCAGGCGCCAGCCCUGGUAUGGUGUUCAGCCCCGGAGCAGCAACGCAACAGCAGCAGCAGACAGCCGGAGGAGGGGGCUCCUUUGGUGGUCGGCCUGCUGGCCCCUCCCAGUGUGGUGGGGGUGGUUCAUUCCCGGGAUCCGCACCUUGUGGCAGCCCAGCCCUCCAGCCUUUCUCACCGUCGGUUCGCGGGUCCUCGGGGUCCAGCCCGCCAAACUACGGUGGUGCUGGUGGUGCUGGUGGCAGUGGAAGCCCAGGCACAGUCCCGCCGCCACCACGGAGCCCCGCAUCUCGCGCGAGCCCACGUCUCCAGCAGGGGCCGCCCCCACCCUACGGGGCACGAGGUCCGAUGGCUCCCAGUCCCCACCCACCAACGUCGCCAUCCCCUCGUCUUGGCACAGCAUCUCCAGCAACUGACCCUGGGACGCGGCAGUUCUCCCAUCCAGCUGGUGGCGGUCGGCUGGCAAACCCUAGCCCUGGCAGUGUGCAGACGACACCACUGAGCUCACCCAAGCCUUGUCGUGGGGGCCCACACACACCAACCACGCCCGGUGGGGGCAGUGCCGUACCCAGCCCAUCGUCAGCAGGCAGUUCGCGAAAGCGGUCGGCCACACCACUCACGCAAGACCCACCGGAGUUUGUCACUGGCAUGGGCACAUCUGCAGCGACAGGUCAUCCUGGAAUGAAAAGUGAGCCCGGCCUGAUGCCCGUGCCCUCGCCGCAGCAGAUCCAGUACCUGGGCUCCCUGGAGAGCCAGGAGCUCACUAUCCAGAAGCAGGCCAACCUGGGGGUGCCCGAGGGGCCCCUGAGCGCGCAGGGGGGACCCCCUCACGGGGGGAAUCCCAUGGGACAGAACCCCAUGGGGCCAACGGCAGCGACACAGGGGGUCAUGACCCAGCAACAGGGCAUGCUCCAAGGCCUCGGUCACCCAUCAGAAAUCCCGCCUCUGGACAUGGGCCCCAGCCUGGCCUCGGAGAAUUCCCAGGGAUCGUACCAUUCUUCGUGUUCGUCGGGCAUGGAAGGCGCCACUCCUCGCAUGGGUCCGUCCAUGUCGGAUGGAACGGGGGGCCCACGCUUUGCAACGAGUCCCCCCUAUGACACACGAUUCCCAGGAGGGGCACCGCACGAAGCACCAGGCUUCAGCUACAUGGACCCGCGGUGCAGGGUCGGUAUAGGGCCCGAGCCAGACCCAUCGGACCCAUCGCAGCAGGGCCGCUUCCCUGCACCGCACCACCAGGGCUUUCCUGCUGGUGCUAUGCCGCCGCACCAGGGGGCUGCAUUUCCUGGGGCUUCUCAGGGGGGGCCAGCAACGGGAGUGCGUGAUUUUGGAGAGCCAAUGAUGAGCGCAACAGGCUUCCCACGGCCUGGCGGUGGCUAUGCUGGCGACAUUCCCCACUCGCCUCACAUCCAGAGCCUGCAGAAGAUGACGCCCCCUUUUGAUGGCAGCGGCAAAGGAGAUGUACCGGCGGACCCACUCAACGGACCUCAUCGCGGAAGUCCCGGCUGCAUGGUGCCCCUCGAGCCUGCCUCGGCACAGUUCAUGGGUGGUGGGGGCGGUGGACCCAUGAUGUCUCACGGAAGGGGGGCUGCCACAGCAGCAGCACCAUACCCUGCAAUGGCCCCUGCUCGCAACUCACCCGGACCUCGUGCACGAGGCCGUGGCUCUGCGAACUCUGCUGCUGCCGCUGCUGCAGCAGCUGCGGCUGCCUCCUUCGGAGGUGGAGCCAACGUGCAAGUGAAACUCGGUGCCCCCAACACCAUCCAGUACCUCCCUGCGCGACCUCAGAACCCAGUGGCAGCGCCGCCGCACCGAGCACCAAGUCUGGAGUUCCUCCAGCGUUUUACGACGCCACUGGCCAACCUCGACACAAAGGUGCCCACGCAGAACCUGCAGUACUUCCCGCUAUCGGGACCGCCUCAGAGGGCAGGUCCCGUCAUGAUGAUGCGAGGAGGGCCCAGCGGGCCUGGGGCUUACGCGGGAGCGCGUGGCUUGCCCCCAAUGGAAGCAUAUGGCGGCGGCCCCAACGGGCCCCAGCAUGGAGGGUUGCCUGUGGGUGCCAUAUUUCAGGGGGGCAAGGGACUGCGGCCAGCCUCUCCCGGAGGUGGUGCGGGUGGUGACGUGGUGUCGCAGCCACUACCUCCGACCGUUGGCCAGGCAUUCAGCUACAAGCAAAGCCCCUUCUAUGGACCCACAACGGCCGACCCCAACUACGCGGUGCAGUUCCACAACUUUCAGCAGCAGCUCUACGCCACAAAUACCCGGAGCCAGGGUGCGACAACGUCUGGGCCCACAGGCGCGACAGCGGCUGCCGCGGGGUUCUUUGGCCCUAAGUGACUUGACCGCUUCUCUCACCCUGUCAGUUGGGGAAGGAAGGAAGGAAAAAUGUGGCCCCUCUCUUGCGCACGUCAUCUUUCUCGGCAGUUGUGUGUUCUCCAAGCCCGAGUCAUCGGUGCGUGACUCCAUUUCCCACACGCGUGACACGGGUCGGGUGGGUUGCACAGUUUGGGGGCACCUCGAGGGGGCUGUGGACACUGUGGGACAGGGAGUGCUCAGGUUCCAAAACACAACUUUGAAGGCCUCUUUCUUGUCUGUGCGCGUGACUGCAGCCGACUUUCUUUUGCUCAACAAGGCUCGAUGUGGCCCGCGGAGCCCCCCCGCCUCACGUGUUUCUUUGGUGCCACCAUCGAGGAGGCACAUGGCUUCAUCUCGGUAGGACAGAUGUGAUUUCGAUGAACUGUGCUGUUCUUACAGCGGUCGUGCUGAAGAGGAACCAGCACUCAGAUGUCCGUGCCAUCUUUUUUUGAGAUCAUAAGUGUUUUGGCCCCCCUUUUCUCAGUGGCUUCGGUGUUGAUGGGGCCCCUCACUGGUUGUUGUUUUUCUCGUUUUGUUGGCAGUUGUUCCUGGUACCGUGCUCCUCAUUAGUUUUGUUUACACAUUUUACAAGACUGGUGAAAAUAAAAAAAUAUAUAUAUAUAAAUAUAGUGGGGGGGAAGAUGCAGAAAGAAAAGGUUGUUUUGCCAAGAGAUGCUGAACUUCUUUUACCUAGUUAGCUUUUGGCAGAACGGCCUCCGUGGGCAAAUUGUAAAGCCAACUUGCCAAGGGGCCCACCCAUAUAGCACUUGCAAGAUUAUCUUUCUUUAACAGUUGUGUGCUAACGCAGCUAGAUACCAUAGGUCACUGGGAAGGGACACACGCAGCUGACUUUCUUUACGGCUGCUUCUGUCAUUUUAUGUAAGGCAGCUUGCUCUGUUUUUUUUUUCCCCUUAUACCUCGCCCACUGACUCGAGAUGUGUUUAUAGUGUGCCAUGUUUGUGGUAACGUAAACCUGUCUCGCAUGGAAGACGAGUGUGCAGCUUGUUUCUUUCAGUGCCAAGCAGGUGUUGUGUUUAGAAAGAGCGAGAGAACUAUCGCUGUGCUGAGAGAGUCUCUACGCACAUUUUCGGCCCACUGUAGUAACGAUGUUCUCAGAGAACCCUUUUCUCUCUUUUUAUUUUGACAAGCACGAGUUGUUUUCGUUUCUUCUUCCCCCCACUCCAUGCCACCCGACCUGAUCUUUGCUUACCCAUGCAAAAUUGGAAGGGGAGUGAUUUUUCUGCUCAAUUUUAUAGUGCAACCGAGAGGAGAAUGAGGAACAAAAGAAAAAAAAGUGAAAAUACAACAAGAUACGUCACUCAUCACGUCAGCCAUAAGCCUAAGUUAUUUAUCAUAAAAAAGAGAAGUCUCCGUCGUCGUCUUCACUGUGGUCUCUACCGUUAUUUUUAGCUUUUUUAUUUUUUUAUCUAUCUCUUUCUUAUCUUCAAGUCAAGCUAAGAAGCGUUGAGCAUUGUGCUAGUUCAUUAUUGAAAACAAAGUUGUUCUGUGUUCCUCACAAGUGAGAUCCCGUCCAUGGAGCUCUAAGGGAAAAAAAAACAGGAAUGAAACCUCUGCUGCGGUCGGACAGCUGACAAGGCAGAGAAACUGCGCUGUAUACGACUGCAGGUGCAUCAGCAACACGCCUCUAUGCCCUCCCUAUCACUGUUGAUUUUUUUCUUCUCACCAUCAUCAACACAGUAUUUCCCAUACAACGUAGCUGGAAGGAUGUGCAGUCUCAAGUCUUGUACACCUGGAAGGGUUGGCUUUGUUCAAAAUUUCUCACCUUUGCAAUAGUCAGCAUUUAUUUAACUAAUUAAUAAGUGGUCUUUACUUCCAUACACAUUAUUCCUGUAGCAGUGGGGUGUGUACAUCACGCAUUAUUUUGUGCAUUCUAAGUUUGUUUAUUACCACUGGCGUACAUGCGCUUUCAACAAUCAUUGAAAAUUCAAAUGUAGAAAUGGGCUGUGAAGGUUUAGCGUUUUAAUCAAGGCGAUGUAGUAGAAGGCUUUUAUUAAACAACCCUUCUCACUUGUCUCUAUGAACACGUAUUGUGGAUUAACUGAACACAGAAACGCAAUAAUUUGGGCGCCCACACCUGGAUAGCUUCAGCCAAUUAGGGUUAGUAUGGUACUUGUUGCCAAAUUUACUAGUGAAAAGAAAGGUUGCUUAUAGGACAGGGGCCAUAAUCUCACGUGAGCACUUUCAGGAAUGUUCACUUUUGCGAGAUUCCGCAUGACUGGCGCUGGAUUCAACAGCGUCUACGAGUGACAGCAUUCUUAACACAGUGCCAGGAAUGUUGUCACCAACCGUGGACGCCAACACAUCCGGCACUAGUUCCCUGAAUUCUUGUGAAAGUCAAAAGUGUCCUCGAAAGUGAUCAUCUAAAAAUACUGACGCAGUAUUCCAACCCACCACGUUUAAGCUUUCAGGUAUACGUGUAGCAUUUUUGCGACUUACUUGGUUAAAACACGUUGGCGGGCUAGUUGGUUAGAAUCCAUGGUAGAGUGUAUAAGCGCGACUGGACGAGGACGUAGAAAGAAACAGAAACACAGAUACAGCACUUCACUGAGUCAAGUGGAAGUGAAGCGCUGUGUCUGUGUACCUGUUUCUUUCUACGUCCUCGUCCAGUCGCGCUUAUACACUCUACCAUGCGAUUUACUGCAUAAGUAGAAAGUGGGCAGGUACAACUGACACUCAUGUCUACUAGUACAAAUCGCUGUGUGGCCUCAUGGCAAAGCUCGCAAGGCACUGCAAAGACUGCAUUUCCUUCUAGUUGCAGCAUUCUCUCUUUCCUCCUUUCCCGGCAUACACACAAUGUCCCACGGUGCAUGGCUCUCUUCCCAUCAUUGUUGCCUAAUGGAAUACGUGAUUUUCUGACCCAGUCUUGGUUUCUUUUUGUCAGUCAGGAAAGGAAGAUGACAGAGGAAGUGCAAAAAAAAUAAAAAAUGGACGAUCAGGAGUGGGCAUCAUUUUCAUGGCUCAUCUUGAAUAAUGGCCCGCACAUGCAAGAAAAAUGCUCAAAAUGGGAGAGAGCUUGCCUUGUCCCCAGCGUCAUCACAUCUUUUCCCUGUCUCGUUUUUUCCCACUUGUCGAAUGUUCUAAACAAUUUUUUUUUAUCUCAUAUCUUUGUGUACCUGUUAACACCUGCCUGGAAUGAAAAGCGACGCCGCUAUACCUGUUGAACAUCACACAUUGCUAUCUGUGGGUCAUAGAAUUUCGAAAGAAGAGAAUUUUUGUGCUUGCAACUAACUUUGAUUGGCAAUGCUUCCACUUAUUUUCAAUAACACGUGACAUAUGAGCAAGCAAUGCAGAAUGUGCUAUAAAAAUUCAAGAUUUGCUUUGGUGGUUUAAUUCCAAAAAGGCUUGAUCUGUGCAGUCAAUGCCAUGUCUUAGACAAAAUUAAGCGGAGCCAAAUCUUCUUGCAUCUUGACACGCCCGCAAUGGCUACACCAUGAAACUUUCAUAGACGGCAAUGCCACACUUCAGUCUGGUUCGUAUUGCAGGAAACUCGCAAGCCUAAUGCUAUACAAAUUUGCCGUUCUCAUUGCCUGUAAUGUGAAUAAUUUAUAAAUCAAAGGGGAGCUGAUCUCUAUACUAGUGAAUCACGUAGACGGUAGAAUUGGACACGGCAGAUCUUUAGUUUUUCGCUCUGUGCUCUGUAAGGUACAUUGAAGUAUCAUUCCUUUAGCGAGCCAAGCCUUAUUGAAAAUUUUAGGCAGUCAUACCGUGUUCGCAGGACAUGAUUUCGCGUUCUUUAUUGUUUGUGUAGUACCUGCAGCAUAAAAUUAUUGUCAGGACUUGGAAAUUCGCACGUUUAUUGAGUUCACGGAGCUGGGUGCUGUCCAUCACGCCAUGCUGCAAUUCUUGGAAGAGCAGAAUGUUUGCCUUCUUUUCCGAUGUCCAAGCAUUGCAUUUGGCAGGUUUCGGCGCGUUUUGUUGAUUGCAAUGUGCAUCGUUGGGCGAAUGAUCGGAGAUUGCGGGUUUGACGGCAGCCACCAAGUGGGUGCUCUUGCAAGGCUUCCUACUGUUUUGCAAUAUUGGCAGUGUUGCAGCUCAACAAAUAGCUCAGAUUGCAUGAGGAACAUAAUUUUCUUUAUUUAAAACAUUCUUUUUGGCACCUUACUGUGUUUGUCACAUUGGCCGUCGCGGUUGACAGAUAUAUCGAAAGGUUUUGUCAAUGGCAGCUCUCCAUUCAAGCCCACUGUGGUUUCUUUUCUUAAUUGCCAGCCACUCAUCUCACAUGGGCUCUCAUUUUCGCAAAGUAUGGGAAUAAUACUACAUCAUCACCUUAUUUCCUUCCGCCCGCCUGUCCCUUUGAUCUCCAAGUUACUUUUUUUUCUUUCACUUUUUUUCCCCAUCAAGCAACAGGGUAGCGUCAACGCGCGACGAAGAAAAAAAAAAAAAAAAAGACGCGUCGUUCGACCAUUGUCGGCCUCCAGCAAGUGAGACAGGCCGUGUGACGUCGCGCUUUUGUUCGCAGUGUGUCUUUUGCAGCCGUGUGCCAAAUCUAGAUUUAUCUCCAAGGUGCUUCAUUUUUCUUCCCCCUUUAAGUACUUUUGUUUGUCUUUCCCAUCGUCUUCAACUAACUUGACGUUGCCUGCCACCCCAUACGUACGCUUUUGAAAGGUGGCAUUCCCUUUCAUUCGUAUUUUCUGGUGGGGGGGGGGUGCUGAGAAUUCAUAUGCGCCUGCUAACCAAGGCAAGGAGGUGCAGGCGCACUUUUGUCGAAGGACGCCCUGCGAACUGCGUCGUUCGCCGCGUCAAUUGCUUUCAGCAGAAAAGCAAUAAGCAGUCUGCCGCGGGAGGGGAUCUUUUCGAGGUGAGGGGAACCCGGGCGAAUUUUACCUCAAUCGCGGACGGGCGAACUCCGCCGCAACGCGAGUGGGAAUUUAAAAAAAAAAGUGUCGCGCAAGAGGGAAAUAAUUUAUGCUUUUCAGUGCCGUGUACUGCAGCUUUUUGAGGUGUUUGUUUAUUUUUUGUUUUAGUUUUUUUUUUUCCCCUCCAUUCCCACCCUGUACAAAUUGUAAGCAGAUGGUUCAUGUGUGUGUGUGCCGUUGUCAUUGUACAGCUGUGCCUAUGUGUGUCUUUUUUUGUGUCGUCCAAGUCACUUUUCACAGGUUGGUGUGUGUUGUAUCUUGUUAAAAAACACGCCAGGAUCGUCAAAGAUUGUGCCGUGACGCUGCCCCGGGCUCUCCCCCCGCAUGCGUGGCAUGUUUCUUUUAACUUUCUCGAAAUAUUCUUCUGGAAAAAAAAAAGUUAUUUUAGUGCUGUUUUUUUUUCCCCCUUGAAAGUGUGAUAUGCUUGCUGCGCGUGUGCCUGUGGAGAAAUAUGUAUAAAGAUGCGUACAUGGAAGCCUGCGAGAAAUGUUGAUUUGCUGUUUUUUUUUUCUUCUGGUAUGCGUGUGCCACAUCAUGAUGAAGAGAAGUAAUAAAAGUUUUUUUUUGCAGACA